AUGUCUGUAGGCGAUUUAAGUAAUAACAGAGAAAAGCUUAGGAAUGAACUAAAAGCAAUCAGGUACUCAGAACCUAUUAAUUUGAAAGGACUCACUGAGGGCCAUCCUUCUACUUCUCUUCCCAUAAUUCACUUUUGCCUUUUGGGGUACUCAAGAUUGGUAUCUGAAUAUUUUACAGAGCAAGGUUUUGACUUGUAUAUGAAAAAUGACUAUAGCUUCAUGGAAACUGUUUUUAAGAUAUUGAGACAGAUGUUUAAUUAUAGGCCUGUGCUCACUAUAGGCCAGUUUUUAGCAAUAGGAUAUGCAGAGAGGAAAAUUUUGAUGUGCUUAGAUGUGAUAGGGCUUAUUAAAGAAAAGCAUCUAGAGUUAUUGAGAUUUAAGCAGCUUGACGAAAGGAAAACAGCGAAAUCACCAAUUAGGACGCCAAAAAAAGUAGAGGAAGAGGUGAAAACACAGAAUUCAUCAAGACCUCUACCUAAAGCACCUAGCCAGAUUUAUAAGCAGCCAGAAGAAAUGCUUAAUGACUUUGGGAACAUAUUGAAAGAUUCCUCAAAGCAGACAAUGCAGUCUGUAUUCAGAUAUGAUACUCCAGAGAGGAAGCAAACUUAUCCGGCUGAAGAGUCAAAUAUUUUCUAUAAAGGGAAAGCUGGAAGUAGCUCAGCUGCUCAUAUCCAAGAUCAAUGCUUGGAGUAUACAACAAAACAAUAUAAUGAUGCAGAUUCAAACAUGGGUAUGAAACAGUUAUUUAUGAUUAUGAAGGAGUUAGAAAAUAAAGUCGUUAAAUUGGAAAGUAGGCUCAGCUCGUGUAUGGAGCAAACUGAUGCAAAGCUUAACUUAAUCAAUGGGAAAAUCAAAAUGCUGGAGCAAGACCAAAACCAGCAAAAUAUCCCUGAAAAAGUAAAUAAUAUUGAAAGACCAGUUUUAGCUGAAAAGCCUCCUAUUCAGAAAAAAGCUGAAGUAAGCAUAAAAAAGCCACAAGAAGGACUGCUGGCUAAAUUAGGGAUAUCAAAUAGUAUCCUAGGAUACACAAAUAGCAAAGGAGAAGAAGAGUCUUCCAUUGAUACUUUCUAUGAGUAUUAA